AUGCCCCUCUACCCCUCGUCGCGGCGCUCCGAGCCAGAGCCCGCGCAAGGCCUCAACCACUCAUACUACAACCCAGACGAGCCUGUCGAUCCAUAUCAAGACCCUUCGUCCUCUCGCCGCCGAUCCGAAAAGGGCCGCCGACCCCCGUCUCCCGCCUAUUCGCCCGACGACGACCGCAAAUCCCGGCGCGGCAGCCGUCGCGACCAGUCCCCGGGCUACGGAGGUGCAGAUGCGAAGCCAUCUCGUAGCCGUCGACAUCCAAGCCCGCCGGCCUUCUCUGCGCCCUCUCCUCCGCCUCAGCGAGACCCUCGCUCAUCCCGCCGUGACCGUGACCGCGACCGCGACCGCGACACUUAUUCGCCGAGGGACUCACCGAGAGACUCGCAGCGAGAUUCACAGCGAGAUUCGCGCCACCGAGAUGCUGACCGGCGCUCACGAGACUACCCCCCUCCUCCCCCGUCGGAUCCACGUGAGCGGCGUCACAGGUCCUCGCGCCGUGAGCCAUCCCCAGAACCCCCACGGCGGUCUCGAUAUGACUCCCCAGACCACAAAAGCCGUUCUUCACGCGGCUACCCAGCACCCGCACCCGCACCCGCACCCGCACCCGCACCCGCACCCGCACCCUCGUCCGAUGACCGAGCCAGCAGGGACCCUCGUUCUUCUCGCCGGUCCCAUGGAGGAGCAGCAUCGUCAUCACCACCACCGCAGAAGUCGUCACGCUCUCGCGGCGAUGACGACAGAAGAGAUGACCGGGAGCGACGACAUCGCUCACAGCCUCGCGACACGGAUGCCGGCCACGGCUCAAGCCGCAGCCGGGACCUAGAUCGAACUCGGGACCGGGACCGAGACCGGGACCGAGACCGGGAUCGAGGCCAUGACCGCGGCGGCCGUGAUCGUGACCGUGGAGCCCCCAGUGCCGGCCGCUCCUCACUCAAGCGUCGCAGCACCAUGCCCGCAGUGCCCAGCUCGGGCCUCAAGCUCAAAGGCGGCACCACUUCCUGGUGGAAGAACCCAGUUGUCCAGGCCGGCGCCCGCACCGCCCUGGCUGCUGGUGCCCAGGCCAUUAUGCAGAACCGCAAAGAAGCCGGUCCUUGGCUGGGCGCAAAGGGGGCCAAGGUCGCCACGGCUGCUCUGACGGCCGCCCUGGCUGAUGGACUGGCCGGCGGCGGCAAGAGGCGUUGA